AGAGUGAGGGGAAGCAGAACGGUGCGUUUUUGUGGUUGGAAAACUAUCAUCCAAAUCACUGACUGGCUCCGAGAAAGAGAAGAGGAGGAGGAGGAGAGUGAGUGUGUUUCUCAGGAAAAACUUCAGGCGACGGCUUUUCUCCUGGAAUCCUUGUCGAUCCUCUCUCGCGCAUGGACAUGGUGUAAGAUUCAGUAAGCGUGCUUUGUUGUGUGGGAUCUCGUUGAUGGUCAGCAUUCUUGACAUUGAGUUUUCACAGGCAACUGGAAACCAGAUUUUGCUUCAGUGGUAGUAGCCACGUCAAAGAAGGAGCCGUUUUUGUUCAUCUUGUGGAUGUAAAAUGGAUGAUGGUGGGCAACAGGAAAAUGGGAGAUUCAAGGUGGAUUACUAUAAAGGAGGAGUACAUCCUCCGUGGAAUAUGAUGGUCCAGCAUCAAGUAAAACAAAAUAAUGCUUUAGAGAUGAAUAAAAAGAUAAUGUCCAUCCUAGCUGAGAGGGAUGCAGCUAUUCGAGAAAGGAACACAGCAAUAUCAGAAAAGCGGGAAGCCUGGGCUGCACGAGAUGAGGCUCUCAGGCAGCGAGAUGAAGCACUUAUAGAGCGAUCUAAAGCCCUGAUGGAGCGAGAUAAUGCUCUAGCAGCAAUUCAGUACCGAGAGAAUUCAAUGAACUUUCCUUUAGGUGGUGGAGUUCAACGUGGAUCAAAGCGUCUCCCCCACCCAACAUAUCACUCAAUUGAAUCGAGUGAAGCUCUUGACUCUGGGGAAGGGCACAUAACCGAAGCCUAUCCUAUAUCAACCAUUGCUGCUAAAGCUGGCAAGUCGCGCCAUGUAAAACGCAUGAAGGAGAAUAAAGCACAUGAACUGGGUGCAACAAAGUCACCACAAAAGGGAAAGAAAGUGGGUGAGGAUUUCAACAAGCAAGUUCCCUCUCAUGGGAAAAAGAUUAAGGUUGACUGGGAUAGUCAGGACAUGGGCUUGAACCUCAUCCAUUUUGACGAUACCACCAUGCCAGUUCCAGUUUGUUCGUGCACAGGAUUCCCUCAUCCUUGCUAUAAAUGGGGGAAUGGUGGAUGGCAGUCAUCUUGUUGCACCUUUACUAUUUCGUCAUACCCGCUACCACAGAUGCCAAACAAGCGCCACGCCCGAGUGGGUGGGCGGAAGAUGAGUGGCAGUGUCUUCACGAGACUGCUUACUCGGACGGCUGCUAAUGGCUGUGAUCUGUCGCAGCCACUUGAUCUCAAGGAAUAUUGGGCCAAACAUGGGACAAAUCGCUACAUCACCAUCAAAUAGCUUGCAGAUAAUCUUGGAAACAGAUUGUGCUUUCUUUCUUUAGCCUAUUUAUGUAGUUUAAGACUUAACUGACAGCCUUCUUUGGCAUUUGUGCCUGAGCUGCAUUAAAACUGAACAUGGGAACUUUUGGUAGGAUGGCUAUUGUUCAUGGUUCUUUUUCUUCAAAGGCUUUUGUUGUCUGAGUCA